UGUUAAAGGAGCCGCAUCGCGUCGGAGCACGGCGGGGGCUGCGGAGCGGACGGGGGGAGCGGGCGGCCCCUUUAAACUAUGCGCGCGGCGCGCGGGCGACCAUGCAAUGGCGGUCGCUGGUGCUGGGGCUGCUGCUGCUGAGGCUGGGGCUGCAGGCGCUGCUGGCGCUGCUGCCCGCGCUGGCGCCCGGCCUCUGCCUGCGCCGCCGCUUCCCCUUCCCCUUUCCGCCGCCGCCCGGCCCCGGCUCCUCGCACUGGGGCUCGCUGCUGCGGCGGGGCGGCGGCGGCGGGGCGGCGGGGGGCGACGAGUACGAGCGGCGCUACAGCGGCGCCUUCCCGCCGCAGCUGCGGGCCCGGCUGCGGGACGCUGCCCGCGGCAUGUUCGUCUUCGGCUACGACAGCUACAUGCAGCACGCCUUCCCGCGGGACGAGCUCGACCCCCUCCACUGCCGCGGGCGCGGCCCCGACCGCCACGACCCCUCCAACCUCAACAUCAACGACGUGCUGGGAAACUACUCGCUGACGCUGAUCGAUGCGCUGGACACGUUGGCGGUAAUGGGAAACUCCUCAGAAUUCCAGAAAGCAGUGAAGUUGGUGAUUGACACGGUUUCAUUUGAUAAAGAUUCGACGGUCCAAGUUUUUGAGGCAACAAUCAGGGUUUUGGGAAGCCUGCUUUCUGCCCACAUAAUAAUUACAGAUACCAAACAGCCUUUUGGUGAUAUGACCAUUAAGGAUUAUGACAAUGAACUGUUGCAUAUGGCUCAUGACCUAGCAGUGAGACUACUUCCAGCCUUUGAGAACACCAAAACUGGAAUUCCGUAUCCUCGGGUCAAUCUGAAGAAGGGGGUGCCUCCAGACAGCAAUAAUGAAACUUGUACUGCGGGAGCUGGUUCCUUGCUGGUGGAGUUUGGUAUCCUCAGCAGGCUGCUUGGCGAUUCCACGUUUGAAUGGGUGGCCAGGAGAGCUGUCAAAGCGCUCUGGAGUCUCAGGAGCAAUAACACUGGACUGCUAGGAAAUGUUGUGAAUAUUCAAACUGGUCAUUGGGUUGGAAAGCAAAGUGGAUUGGGAGCAGGAUCAGAUUCAUUCUAUGAAUACCUUCUGAAAUCUUACAUCCUCUUUGGAGAAAAGGAAGACUUGGAGAUGUUCAAUGAUGCUUAUCAAAACAUUCAGAACCACUUAAGAAGAGGUCGAGAAGCUUGCAAUGAAGGUGAAGGUGACCCUCCUUUGUACGUUAAUGUAAACAUGUUCACAGGCCAGCUGAUGAACACAUGGAUUGACUCUUUGCAAGCCUUUUUUCCUGGACUACAGGUAUUGAUAGGAGAUGUGGAAGAUGCUAUUUGUCUCCAUGCUUUUUAUUAUGCCAUAUGGAAACGAUACGGAGCUCUCCCAGAAAGAUACAACUGGCAAUUGCAAGCACCAGAUGUUCCCUUUUACCCACUGAGGCCAGAGUUGGUGGAAUCGACAUAUCUUCUUUAUCAGGCAACAAAGAACCCAUUUUACCUUCAUGUUGGAAUGGAUAUUCUGCAGAGUUUGGAAAAAUACACAAAAGCAAAGUGUGGCUAUGCCACAUUACACCAUGUUGUAGAGAAGACAAAGGAAGAUCGAAUGGAGAGCUUUUUUCUCAGUGAAACAUGUAAAUAUCUGUACCUGUUGUUUGAUGAAGAGAAUCCAGUGCAUAAAUCUGGAAAUAAGUAUAUGUUUACUACUGAGGGGCAUAUUGUAUCUGUGGAUGAACGUUUUCGUAACUCACUGUGGCAAGACAUCCUCUCUGGAGAAGAGAACAGCGCAGAAAAAAUUAAACCUAACGAAUUAAAGGCAGUCAACUUCAGCUCUAAUUGUAACAGAGUUCCUGAUGAGAGGAGAUACUUGCUGCCAUUGAAGAGUAACUACAUGAGACAGAUUGAUCGAAUGGUGGGAUUAAUCUGAAUGGUUCUUCAGAGUAACUUUUGUCUUAUGUCAGAGGAGCAUGGGAUUCAGCUGUAGACAUUCCUCUCCUCUUCAGCUACGUACCUGCAUAUGCUGAGUCACUUGGGUAUUCCCCGUGCUUGUUAGUUUCCAAUUAUGGAUGUAAGGGGAGAUCAGGUUCUCUUACUAGUUCAGUCUUCUGCACUGUGGUAAUCUCACAUGCCACCUGAACAGAGAUUUCUUAUUUUAAGACUUCCUAUGAAAAAUGUUGCAAAUGAAGGCUUGAAUAGACUUAAAAAAAAAAAAAUAUUGGCAUGUGCCACUUAGCUACCUCUUUGUAGCUGCAUUACAAACAUCCCUUUAGAAAAGGGUCUAGUAUUUAAUUUGAAAUGAUCUUGGGAUUGGGGAAGGAAUGGGAAAGUGCAAUUUUCUUAGGCCAAGUUUAAUCAUUGAAUUAUUCUGACUAGCAAUACUCAACCUUAAGUACUACUCAGGUAGGAACCCACUGGUAAUGGGUUUUGCUGAAGCAAAAAUCCUCUAUCUACAAUAGUAUCUUGAAAAGAUAACUCAUGAUCAUCUAAAAAGCUAUCAGUAUAGUCAUGAUAUCCCUCAUAUACACAAAUGUAUUGAACUGCACAGUUGCAAGAGCCUGUAGCUACAGACACCAGUGAUAAAACAAAUCAGGUGCCUUUUUAUUUUGUAAGGGAAUGGGCGGGGAGGGAAGGGGAAAUUGCAAAGCCACUCAGCUUUCCAAGCAGCUAACUUGAUACAGCUUAGCUGAGCAGAAGUUCCCAAGGUUUUGUUGUUUGCCAUAUUUCUAGUGCCUUUUCAAGAGAGAUGCUGCUAAGAACUGGUGUAACAGUACAUGAAGAACAAACUAUUUCACAUUCCUGACAACAUUUAUAUGUUAGUGCCUUAAGUUUUCUUCACUAGCGGGAAAAACUGAGCUUGCUUGAGAAGAUAGAUAAAGUAUUUCUGAUUAGCUGGUUACAAAAUAGAGUGGAUCCCAGAGUAACUUAAAAAGUAACUUGCAUAUGAGAUGACUUUUCUUUCUCUCUCUCUCUCUUUUAAGAUUACUGGGAGAAUAUCAACUUCUGUGCCCAUCCCAAAGAAUAUUUCUGGCUGAAUUUAUUCUCUGUGUCAGUGCAGUUAGUAUAAGUGGCUGCCUCUAUCAUCCUGGGGUUGGAGUUAGCAAGAGGUCUGAGCCUACAGUAUGCUGACUGUAUAUGUAGGCAGGGCUGUUGGAUGAAAAAACCCUGAGGCUAAAACAACUUCCUUUAACAGCUUUUUUCCAGUGGCUCCCUGUUGCUUACAUGCUUUUUACUUUUAACUACAGUUGAAGUAGUUAAAUGUUACUGUUGGGUUAACUGUUUUUAAAUUAAGGCUUAAAUAUAAGGGCAAACUUGAUCUGCUGUAUUUUCAUCUUCUUAUAACGACAUCGGUUUUCAUAAACCGUAUGUUGCAACUCAAAGCAUUUCUAAUAAAUAUGAAGUUAGUGCUGAAGAGGCUAUUGUUUGAAUCUUUUAGUAUACAGAUGCAUCUCAGGGACUUCAUUGUAGAAUCUUCUGUUCCACAAUAGCUGGAUCUUUUAUUCAGGAGAAAAAACAAAACAGAAAUAACCCUGUCAUCUUAGUCUUAUUCUGUGUGUUUUAACAGGGGGGAGGGUUGGAAGGAGAGGGAGAAAUAUGUUAAGAUUUCCUGAAACAUUGCAAUAGAAUUGGUUGCCUUGGUGUUUGAGGCAGCUGGCAAUUCCAACUCCUGUAGAAUUGGCGUUGCAAACCUUUUGAAGCAAAACAUAAAUUCAAGGUGUUACGAUCCAAAGAGGUACUGGACAGGGUUCGAGGAUUAGCUUCUUAACCAGUGAAUGUUGCCUGGGCAUGCAGGUAUGCUUCAGUUUGUAAACAUGUAAAGAAGUGCAGGAGGAUGCGUAAAGGCAGUGCUUUCUGCCAGCUGAGGGAGGCAGGAACCCAAAACGUCUGGGCUUUCCGAAAUGCUGCUGCUGUGCCAGAUCUUCUAAUUGUACCUCUGAAAUGAGAAGUGCUUGGUAGUGUGGAAGCAGAGUGCAACAUUCCACAACUGGCCAUUUAAAGUCAUGGCACAGCGGAUGCCAGGACGGAUGGUGCCCUAGGUGUGUUGGUGGCUGCUUCUGGUAAUGGUUUUUCCCUGACUUGCAGUUUAGCUCUCUGAAUGCACGUUACAUGCCUUGCAGUUGCCUCUCAGUGCUUUGUGCCUUCUGAAGCACCUGAACCCUGGUAAGGGUUCCAGCCAAGUGUUAUCUGUUUUGGAGUUUUUCUCAGAGGAUUACAUGACUAUAAUGAAGUUGCACAACUGUUGUGCCACCGUGCUUUAUCCUUCUUGUGUAUUGCCAGAAAUGAGUGAAAGGCAGCUGUAGAAUGGCAACGGUAUAGGCAGGUAUCGUGGCCUUUCAGCCCUUAGUGACUCGGACCAUUGCUUACAGUGCCAAACAGUAUAUGGUCAGCUUCUCGUUAGAAACUCCAUUGAAGUUUGUGUUGCCAAGGUGAUCUGACAGUCAUCUUCCCAUAGGAAUGAUUUUUGUCUGCAAGGAGGCUGGUGCUGACUAUGUGGUAAAAGACUUUAAGGAGAGCCAAUUUUUCUUCCUCUUUGUUUUAAAAAUGCUUUGAUACAUUUUUACUCUGUAAUGACAGGGCACAUGUUAUGCACUAGAAUUAAAAUUUUUGUAUAAGUCGAUAUCGAAUUGAAAUUGAUAACACUGCUGGAAUAACUUGCUGAAACAGACUUUUGUAUUUCUUGGUAUAAUGUGCAAUAUCAACUUUUCCUAAUUAAAAAUACAAUGUGUGCUUUAUUGUUGUUUUUCCAUGAAGUAUUUAAUUUGGGAUGGGAAAUUUUUAAGAAGACCAAAUGCUCUUUCAUGAAAUGUCCUAAAUUUUCAACACUGAGCUUGAAUUUUACAAAUCUGCAUUAAAAAAUAGUGUAUUUGA